UAGUCUACGCUGCAGUCGCUUCUGGUCGAUUCAAUAUUCAAUGCCAAAACGACUCCCGUACUGACCAAAUAAGAAAAGGAACCCAACAUACUUUCUACCACGGCCCAAUACGUGAUCACGCACUCCGUGGCAAAGUCUACCGCAGCGCUACGGCUCGUUCUGAAGUCUCUUGUGCGGUCUUCUGUCUGCAAGAAGAUGCCUGUAAGUCAUUCAACUACCGCGAAGAUGCUGAAGUCUGCGAGUUAAACUCCGCUGUGUAUGCCAGUGAUAAAUCUGACCUGCAACCAUCUAACGGCUGGAUGUACUUUGACGAAGAAAAUCAUGGAGGUAUGUAAAAUAGCUGUUGAACAUACGUAGGAUUUCCAGCUUAAAACGGCAAAGUUCGCAGUGCAAUUAUUCAAUAGUUACCCCACCCUCACAAUAAACUACAGUUCAAAAAUACCCAACGUUUCAACCAGUAUGCUCUGUCUGUCUUCAAGAGAAGACUCGGGCAAAAAAUACAAUUUAUUUAGUUAAAAACUUAACAACGGGAACAAUCCGGACUAAAAACUACCGACGUGGUUUGUGUUGAAUUUGUUUUCUUCUUCUCUUUGACAGUUCAAGAAUAAUGUUUGCCAACGCUCCUCUCAUGAUCAAUUUUAUUUCUUUUACAGAGUGUCCAGUUGAUGUAGUUAGUGGUGAUAAAGUCUAUAAAUUCAUAUAUCCACGGCUCCAGUCAAGUGACGUAUUCAGACUUGAUUUCUCCGUAAAAGGCACACGUGAUGCCUCUAUAACUCUAUCUGAAUUCACCAAUGAGAUAUCAUACUAUCUCGCAGUACUCGGUGCAUGGAGCAAUGAAUGGUCUGUUAUUCAAUGUGCGAAGAUCUGCCAGCAACGAUACGCUGAGCAACACACCCCAGGCAUCAUGUCCGAGUUGGAGUACCGCCGGUUCUGGUUGACCUACGACCGUGGAACCAUCAAGGUGGGUAAAGGGGGCGAGGUUACCCCCUUCUUGGAGUGGCAUGAUGAGACCAUGAGGGUUACUGUUAACUACAUUGGUAUCGGCUCGUACGACAAGCCUGCAAACUGGAUCUUCUACACCUUUUGUGCCGAAUAACAAGGACAUUAUUAAAACCAUUACUCUGCGUUUCAAGUUGUUAUAUUGUUCGAAUUAUACUGUGUAAGAUUUAUUAUGACAGAUGUUUAAUUCGAAUUGAGGAUAUUAAAAUAAUUAUUUGUUGACACCCAUGCAACUUCGAUGACCAAUCGAGUUCAAAUUUUCAUAGGUUUGUUAUGUUUCGCUUGAGUUUGGAUACACCAAUUCGGAGUGUGUUUUAUUACAAGGUGUCGUUUUGAAAGGGUCUUGCUACUUUUUUUAAGGACACAAAACACAAUGUCUACAGAUUUACAUAUAACGUACACACUUUGAAGAUAAUGAUGUUAGAAAGCUUCACUUAAAUUAUCAUUUGUUGAGGCGCUGUAGUUUCUAAAGAAGAAAAUUGAGUAAAACAACUCACGAAAAUAAUGUUUGUCUCUCUAGGUCUGUACCAUAACGUGAACGCACGGAUACGCAAACUUAAAAAUUACGUCCAUGCGUGUGCAGUAGGCCGAAUCUUAUAGGCCAGGGCCCAAUUUCAUGGCUCUGCUUACCGUAAGCACGGUAAGCAGGACAUUCUGUGCUUACGG